CUGCCUCCCUGCGCCCGUCCCCUCCCUGCGCGCCCUUUGUCAACGCUGACAUCAGCCUUAAAAGCCCCGCGUGGGGAAAGUGGAGAGCGACCCAAGGCGUGGCCCUCCUCACCCGGCGUCUCCAGCAGCAGCAGCACUGCCCGAAAGCCCAUUCGUCAUGGCAAACAGAGGACCUGCGUACGGACUCAGCCGGGAGGUUCAACAGAAGAUCGACAAACAGUACGACCCGGAUUUGGAGCUGAUCCUCAUCCAGUGGAUUGGGGCCCAGUGUGGCCCCGAUGUCGGACAGCCUCAGCCUGGAAAGGACAACUUCCAGAAGUGGUUGAAAGACGGCACCGUGCUGUGCAGGCUCAUCAAUAGCCUUUAUCCCCCUGGCAAAGGCCCAGUGGCCAAGAUCCAAGGCUCCACCAUGGCCUUCAAGCAAAUGGAGCAGAUCUCACAGUUCCUGCGUGCGGCUGAGCAAUACGGCAUCCUGGCCACAGACAUAUUCCAGACGGUGGACCUCUGGGAAGGUAAAAACAUGGCCUGUGUGCAGAGGACUUUGAUGAACCUGGGAGGAUUGGCAGUCGCAAAAGGAGAUGAGUUCUUCGCCGGAGAUCCCAACUGGUUCCCAAAGAAGUCCCAGGAGAACCGCCGUGCUUUCUCAGACGACAAGCUUAAGGAAGGGCAGAGUGUCAUUGGGUUGCAGAUGGGCACGAACCGGGGAGCCUCCCAGGCCGGCAUGACGGGUUAUGGCAUGCCGCGGCAGAUCCUUUGAGCCCCGUUUCCCCCCUUUUCAGUUGUUACCAUUGCCACCCCAAAAUCUGAUUUCCAAAUUAUUGCAACCACCAUAAGCCUUAGCGCAGGUUGCGGAGCCAUGCAACCCCAUGUUUACCAAUUGCCAGUAUGUUUUCCUUUGGCUCUUCUUUUUAAAUCCCCAUCCUCUUUUAGCCUGCAUAAUUGGAGCUAAAUCUUGCUUGGUCUCUGGUUUCAGUAAUUUGUUUUUAAACCCCUUCCCUUUACUAUCGCAUAGAUUGGGCACAAUUGGGUGUUGUAUUGCUCAAAUAAUCCUCACUCAGGUUCGGCUUUGAGGGAUCUUCAAUACUGUCCACAUUCCUGUAUAUGGCUUUUGAAUGCUGAUCUUGACCGGCAGCAUUUUUGGAAACCAGAUACAUAUCCACUCCUGGGCAUUCCUUUCACAGUUUGACCAAAAAAGAUAUACAUCUUGUAAUAUUUUAUUAUCGCAUCUUGGUUUGCACAAUUGCAUCCAUUCCUAUGAUGUUCCAACCCUCUCCACAGAGAUAUACCAUUCGAAAUGCACAUUGAAACGCACUACCUUUUUAUGAGUUUGGAGAAGCAAUUCGCUGGCAGAAUCUCUCCCAGAGAGCAAAAGGUGUUCCCUCUUUGGUGCUAGGUUUACAUUUCCCCUCUUUCUUAAGAUAGAUAGGGAUCUAUCUUAAGAAAGGCAAGACUUUCCCGCACUUCUUUGGAGUGGUUGCCCAGUUGAUGCUUGGCUUUGCUCUUCAGUCUCCCUCUCCGUAGCAAAUUCUGUUAGGUCUUCACCCAGUAAAGGCCAUGCGGUUCUGACCUCGGAU